GGUUCGCUGAAUCGGGAAGAAAAACAAUAGCGCAGUAAAUAUCGGCAAAUUUACUCGGGACAGGCAGAAACUGCACUGUAAAUAUAACAAGAAUGACCGAGCUGGAGAAUGUAAAUCCAAAUGUGUACAAAAAGAGUGAGGAUCGAAAGCUCACGAAAGAGGACGAGGACGAGGAUGUGGUGGAUCCGUUCGAUGAGCGGGAAAUCUUCGACAUAAUCCGCAACAUCAACGAUCCGGAACAUCCUCUCACGCUGGAAGAACUGCACGUCCUGGAGCAGAGUCUCAUCACGGUGGAUAAUGAGAAGAACAUCGUCAACAUCCUGUUCACACCGACCAUCCCACACUGCAGCAUGGCAACGCUGAUCGGUCUCUCGAUACGGGUGAAACUUCUCCGGGCGCUGCCUCCGCGCUUCAAGGUGUCGGUAGAGAUCAACCCCGGCACGCACGCAUCCGAGCACGCGGUGAACAAGCAGCUGACCGACAAGGAACGUGUGGCGGCCGCACUGGAAAACACGCACCUGAUGGAGGUUAUCAAUCAGUGUAUUGGAACGCCGUUGAAAUAAACCGAACCGCGGGCCCUUUUCCUCCAA